CAUUGCUUACCAAUACAAAGAGAAUCCAGACUUCUUGAUGCUUUUAUAGUCUUUGAUUUUCUGGCGUUCGGCCAACGGUAGCUAAACAUGCUGAACCAGCUAUCACCUCGCCGCGCGGCUCUUCAGGGCCGCGCAUUUCAACCAGCUAACACUCGCCGGUGUAGACCGAUUGCUCCCUUGCGCUCUGUGGCAGUUGAGGCUCCUGCGACUCAAGCAUCAGCUGUCGAGGCGCCCAGCUUUCGUGCACACCUGGACUUUAAGUUCAUAAAGGAAAAUGUUGACAUGAUUGCAAUAAAUUGCAAGAAUCGUUUAAGCAACGCGGACCCAUAUAAAGUCGUUGCGCUAUACGAUGAAUUUGUGGCGCUUAAGUCACAGGCGGACAGCCUGCGCGCGGAACGUAACGAGAACAGCAACGCGAUGAAGGCCAAGUUGGACCCCGAGCGGCGUGCGGCGCUCAUCUCGCGGGGCCAGGCGCUGAAGGAGCAGCUGGCGGAGGUGGAGGGGCGGCUGGCGGGGGUUGAGUCCUCCCUGCAGCGCGAGGGGCAGCGGCUGCCCAAUCUGACCCACCCGGACGUGCCGCUGGGGGGGGAGGGGGAGGCGGUGGUGGUGCGGGAGGUUGGCUCCCCCCGUGUGUUUUCCUUCCCCCCUCGCGACCACGUGGCUCUGGCAGAGGGGCUCGAUAUGGUGGACUUCGAGGCGGCAGCGGAGGUCACGGGUCAGAAGUUCUACUACCUGCGCAAUGCGGGUGCGCUGCUGGAGAUGGCGCUGGUGAACUGGGCGAUGAACAAGGUCGUGUCCCGCGGCUUCACGCCCCUCAUGACCCCCGACCUGGUGAAGGCCAGUGUGCUGGAGAAGUGCGGGUUUCAACCCCGGGGGGCGGGCACGCAGGUCUACUCCAUCUCCGACUCGCCCCUCUGCCUGACGGGCACUGCCGAGGUGCCGCUGGCGGGGCUCUACAUGGAGCGGGUGCUGACCCAGCAGCAGCUGCCGCUGCGGCUGGCGGCGUUCGGGCACUGCUUCAGGACGGAGGCGGGGGCGGCGGGCCUGGCCGGCAAGGGUCUGUUCCGUGUGCAUCAGUUCAGCAAGGUGGAGAUGUUCGUGCUGUGUGAGCCCGGGGAGUCGGAGGCGACACAUGCGGAGCUAGCGGCGCUGGAGGAGGAGAUGUACGGCGAGCUGGGGCUGCACUUCAAGGUGCUUGACAUGCCCAGCGGCGACCUGGGUGCGCCCGCCUUCCGCAAGUACGACGUGGAGGCGUGGAUGCCGGGGCUAGGGCGGUACGGCGAGAUCUCCUCCGCCUCCAACUGUACGGACUACCAGGCGAGGCGACUCAACAUACGAUACAGGCCCGAUGCCUCCGCCUCCGCCUCCUCCUCCCCCACAAGCAGCGGGGAUGCCGCCGAGCCACAACCCCAGCAGCACACAGCCGGACACAAGGACAAGAAGAAGGGCAGCGGCAGCGGCGGUAGCAGCAAGCCUGAGUUCGUACACACCCUGAACGCCACCGCAUGUGCCGUACCCCGCAUGAUUGUUGCCAUUCUAGAGACGCACCAACAAGAGGACGGGAGUGUGGUGGUGCCGCCGCCGCUGCGGCCGUACAUGGGGGGCUUGGAGGUGAUAAGGCCCCCGGGGCAGCAGCGGCAGCAGCAGCAGCAGCCGGCUCGGGGGUGAGAUAAGGGCCCUUACGGUGCAGCAGCAGCAACCGGCUAGCAGGGGAUUGUGAUAAGAGAGUUGGGGCGUGUGCGUGUUGAGAGAGCUGGCGGCGAGUAGGAAAGGAACGUACUGGGCGUGUGUGGGUGUGUGGGGGUGUGUUUUAGGAGAAUGGGCAGGUGGGAUAUCGGUGUGCAGUGGAAAGCAAACGAUUGUUAUGUGAAGGGGCAUGGACGGGAAAAUGGGAAUCGGGUUCAUGGGAAGGAUGCAGCUUGGGUUGUUGGUUGGUUGCUAGCGGGGAAGGCGGUUAGCAGUUGGCGGUUGGUUGGUAAAGAUGGGCGGCUGUGAGCGAAGAGAAUCUGCGGCGCUUUGGAGGGUUCGUUGGACUUGUUUGUUUUCCUUGUUGACUUGGAAUGAAGCGCUGGUCAUUGAGGGCGAGGUGAAGGCGGCGAAGAGACAUGGACACGGCGGUCAUGCCCGGCCUUCUGUUGUCUCCUUUAUCGCCGUAAUAAGAUGAGGGUUAGGAGGAGAGGGCUUGAGGAUGAAGUUGGCACGACGUGCUUUCCUUGGAGGUUACCAGCAGUACCGCUGCUGCUACUUGGGUAAAUAGUAAAUGCUCCAGUGGUUGUGCGCAGAGGUGCUGAGGUGGAGAAAGAUGUAUUGCAACAGGGGCCACUCCUGCAGGAAUAGGUGUUGUGGGUGUUCACGUAUCCGCGCAUUGUAGAUGAUACAUUGAUAUCUUGUAAACUGAAAGACGAUGCGAAUACUUCAACCUGCCACUAGCUGCCACGACGGCAUGAAGCUUGAUAUGCAGGGUGCGCAGAUGUGUUUGGCGCACCAGAUCCAAACCUUGGUUGGUUGGUGGGCGUUAGCGGUGGGUGGAAUGUGUAGCUCGAGUAUGGCGUUGAAAUGAGGAGAUGGGAGCAUGAUGGUUGUUGCUGCAGGUAGGUGUGGGUGCAGGUGUGCACAGAUGGGUAGAGUGCGGGCGCUGGCAGGCACGUGGGCGGUUGGUGUCAACUUAAAUUACGUGCGCUACCAUCCGUUAAGGC